AUGCAUCCCAUGACGAUCCUCAUCCUUUUCUUAAUGAGCAGCAGCAGCUUUUCGAUCGGUGCUGGCACCACCUUCACUGUUUUGCUGGCCGGCCAAAGCAACAUGGCCGGUCGAGGCGGCCUCAACGGUGCCGGCGUGUGGGACAGGUUCGUCCCACCCGAGUCGGAGCCGCCCAUACCAGACUCGGUCAUCAGACUGAGUCCUGAUCUGACGUGGGAAAGGGCAUCCGAGCCUCUCCACCGCGGCCUCGACUUCACUGUCCAAGAGCCGAAGCUCGGCAUCGGCCCCGGGAUGCCCUUUGCCACCGCCCUCCUCCGACACGUCGACCCUCUCAACACGGGCACUGUCACCGUGGCCCUCGUCCCGGCCGCCCAGGGCGGUACGAGCAUCGUCCAGUGGCAGCGCGGCAACAACACGGCUUACAUCAACCUGCUCGCCCGGGCCGAGGCCGCCAGCCGUUGGUUUCAAAUGUCUUAA